GAGCUUGGUGUUCCUUGGUGUUCUGUGGAUCUGCUCUGAAACUGAGUCCAUUCCUACAGAAGACUCAAGCACACAACAGUGGUAGAAUAAUCUUACCUGCCAUGCCUGGGCAGAUCUCUGCAGUAGCUGUACUCUUCCUGUCCCUGACUGUAAUUUUACAUGGCUAUCAAAUAAGAGAAAAAGAAUUUCCAAAAGCCAGAGGCUAUCUUCAAUAUACUGCAACAUCAGCAGAACAGAUCACAACAAAACCUCUACUACAACUGAUUAACCAAAGAUCUCAUAUAACUUUAGCAUCAAGAUUCAAGGAUGAUUACAUUCAAAUGGCUGCUGAAACUUCAGCCAUUGAAAACACAGCCCAUAUAACAAUGAAAACAGUAACCCCAGUAACUACAAAGAGCCUUCCACCCAUCAGCUCAGCUAGUUAUACCUUUGUCAGAUCUAAUAACGCACACAUGACUGCUUCAUCUACUGACGAUACCAUUGGCUCUGGCUCAAUUGCACAUUUACCAGUUCCUACAACCAGAGCUAGUCUAGCCAUUGUCAACUAUAUAACUGGGAGAGCUACACAACUUGGUGGUCAGACUACCCUUCCCAAAACAUUUUUCACAGCAUCACACAAAAGCACAACCAAUCAGAGGCCAACUCUGUCCACUAAUGUCUUAGGAACAUCAACACCUACACACAAGGACAGAUCAACGACCUCACCUGUUCCCCUAGUUCCUAGGCCUACUCUUGUAACUUGGUCAUCACCAGCCAAGAUCGGAACUUAUGAAGUCCUAAAUGGAAGCAGGCUCUGUAUUAAAGCAGAGAUGGGACUAGCACUGAUUGUUCAAGAAAAGGAUUUGGAUUCUGCAACCCAAAGAUAUUUCAACAUUGACCCCAGCCUAACCCAUGCAUCUGGGAAAUGUGACUCCCAAAAAUCCAACCUCUUCUUGAAUUUCCAGGGUGGAUCUGUGAAUAUCACAUUUACCAAGGAAGAAAACUUAUAUUAUAUUAGUGAAGUUGGAGCAUAUUUGACCAUCUCAAAUACAGAGAAGACUUACCAGGGAAAGAAGAAUACUUUGAUGAUGUUUGAGACAGUAGUUGGGCAUUCCUUCAAGUGUGUCAGUGAGCAGAGCAUCCAGCUGUCAGCUCAGCUUCAAAUGAAAACAAUGAAUAUCCACCUUCAGGCCUUUGAUUUCGAAGGAGACUCCUUUGGAAAUGUGAACGAGUGUUUGUCUGACUACACAGUUGUGCUUCCUAUGGUUGCAAUCAUCGUGGUCGUCAUCUGUGUUGUGGGUCUGAGUGUUUACAAAAUCCGCCAAAGGCAUCAGUCAUCUGCAUACCAGAGAAUCUAAUUUGUAACCAAAGGAAAUGGCAAUAGAGUUUAGAAAAAAAUCUCAUUAUUUCCAGAACGUUGGCGGCAUCUACUAAAACCAAUAAGUGAUUAGUGAUUCAAAUUGAAGCAGUAUAUCAAUUCUGAACAUUUUUGCUUAUUUCAUGAAAGACUAAGGAAGAUAUUGAGUAUUUUCUAGCUUUUGUUGGAAAAAUUUAACUACUCAAAUGAAUAUUUGAGAUACACAGAAUUAGCAUAAUGUUCAAAAGUGGUAGAUAAUUACAAAUUAUAAGCCAAAAUAAUUGAUUUUAAAUACACAAAAUUAACAUAUUGUUCAAAAGUGGUAGAUAUUUAUAAAUUAUAAACCAUAAUAAUUGAUUUUAAUUAAUCCUACCGGUGUUUGCCUAGAGAAAUGUAUUUUGACAUUAACAUUUUUAUUUUAAGAAUAUUUUGAUGGAUUUUCUUACUAUCUAUGUUUAGUUUAUGUAUGUACAUCUGACAUGGUACUCACCUACUUUUUCAUUUAAAUAUUUUUAGUUAUCAAAAUAACACAUCUCAUAUUGUUUAGACUUUACAUGGAAAAACAUUUUUUUUCUUUAUGAAUCUUGCUUCAGAAUUAACAAAGAUUAAGAAAUAGGUGCCUGAUAGAGUUUGAUCCGGUCUCAUGCACAAGGUGCCCAUGUCCCGCUUCCCAGCGCCUGCAGUGAAGAUGUCCCACGCAUCCCGGGCAGCCAAGCCCUCCAACUCCAAGAACCCAUGAGUCUUCUUUGACGUGGACAUCGGCGGGGAGCGAGUUGGACGAAUUGUUUUAGAAUUGUUUGCAGAUAUUGUUCCCAAAACUGCAGAAAAUUUUCGUGCAUUGUAUACAGGAAAAAAAGGAACUGGGUCCACGACCGGGAAGCCUCUCCAUUUUAAAGGAUGCCCUUUCCACCAAAUUAUUAAGAAAUUUAUGAUUCAGGGUGGAGACUUCUCAAAUCAGAAUGGGACAGGUGGCAAAAGUAUUUAUGGUGAAAAAUUUGAAGAUGAGAAUUUUCAUUAUAAGCAUGAUCGGGAGGGUUUGCUGAGCAUGGCAAAUGCAGGCCCCAAUAGUUCCAACUCCUCAUUUGGAUGGGAAACAUGUGGUAUUUGGUCAAGUCAUAAAAGGGCUAGGUGUGGCAAGGAUGCUUGAAAAUGUAAAUGGUGAAAAACCUGCCAAACUCUGUGUUAUUGCAGUAUGUGGAGAAUUGAAAGAAGGGGAUGACUGGGGAAUAUUCCCCAAAGAUGGCUCUGGUGACAGUCAUCCAGACUUCCCCGAGGAUGCAGAUAUAGAUUUAAAAGAUGUAGAUAAAAUUUUAUUAAUAUCUGAAGACUAAAAAACAUUGGGAAUACUUUUUUCAAGUCUCAGAACUGGGACUGGGGGCAGAUCUGGGGUCCUCAGAUCUGGAAGUGUGGCUUUGGGAGCCGAAUUAAAACAAAUCAUUAGAACUAAUUCCCAACAAAUGGCUAUUAAAACAUAUGGGAAGGUUUUAAGGUAUGUGGAUAGUUCAAAGGCUGUUACUGAGAAAGCAGGUAGACCCAGACUGCAACCUAUAGCCUUAAGUUGUGUGCUGAAUAUUGGUGCCUGUAAGCUGAAGAUGUCAAAUUGGCAGGGGGCAACUGACAGUUGCUUAGAGGCUCUUGAAAUGGACCCUUCAAAUACUAAAGCACUGUACCGAAAAGCCAAGGAUGGCAAGGAUUGAAGGAAUAUGAUCAAGCAUUGGCUGAUCUUAAGAAGGCACAGGAGAUAGCUCCAGGAGAUAAAGCUAUCCAGGCAGAAUUGCUUAAAGUCAAACAAAUGAUAAAGGCACAGAAAGAUAAAGAGAAGGCUGUGUAUGCAAAAAUGUUUGCUUAAUAAUGAUUAAACUCUUUUUAACUGUUAUACAUUGAUUAUAUAAAGGACAAUGUAUAUUACUGUCUACGAUCCCUGAUGUGUUUCCCUUGAUCUUUGUCAUUGUUUACAUAGCAGUGCUGACAUAGGUUUCUUCUUAAUAAAGAGUUAAAAAAUACAGU